GUACAAACCAGUUAGGAUCGAUUAACAAUAUCUUCCAUCAUCAUCAUAUAUGGAGUUCGCCAAAGGGGAUCUUCAUAAUGAGCGAGCCAGUACUACUGAUGACCAUGAGGAUCUCCUCAAGUCUCAAGCUCACAUAUGGAACCACAUCUUCAACUUCAUAAACUCCAUGUCCCUCAAGUGUGCCAUCCAGCUGGGCAUCCCCGACGCCAUCCACCGCCACGGCGGCGGGCCCAUGGCCCUCCACCAGCUGGUGAUGGAGCUGCGCGUCCCCCCCGCCAGAGCCCCCGACCUCGCCCGUCUCAUGCGCCUCCUCGUCCACUCGAGCUUCUUCGCCUCCGCCAAAUGUAGAAUCAACGGCCACGAAGAAGAAGAAGAAGAAGAAGGCUACGUCCUCACGGCUGCCUCCCGCCUCCUCCUCAAGGACGACCCCAUGAGCGUGACGCCCCUUGUGCUGGCCAUGCUGGACCCCGUGCUGACGGAGCCCUGGCAUAUGCUUGCCGCUUGGUUCCAAAACGACGUCCCUUCGCCGUUUCAGGAGGCACACGGGAAGCCCUUUUGGGAAUACGGGAAGAUGAGCGGAGGGGGACUGAAUAAGCUGUUUAAUGAAGCGAUGGCCUCUGACACCCGGCUGGUAGGGAGGGUGGUGGUGAGCGAGUGCCGGGGAGUGUUCGAGGGGAUGAAGUCGGUGGUGGACGUGGCCGGGGGCACGGGGGCUUUGGCUAUGGCCAUCGCGCGGGCGUUCCCGGCGGUGAGGUGCACGGUGCUUGACCAGCCGCACGUGGUUGAGGGCUUGCAAGCGCAGCAGCAACAGUGGUGUGAGAAUUUGCAUUUUCUUGGAGGAGACAUGUUUGAGGCUAUUCCACCCGCGGAUGCUGUAUUACUUAAGUGGAUAUUGCAUGAUUGGAACGAUGACGAGAGCGUGAAAAUAUUGAAGCGAUGCAAAGAGGCCAUUCCCAGUAAAGAAAAGGGAGGGAAGGUGAUAAUAAUCGACAUGAUAUUAAUAGAUCAGAGCCAGCAGAAAGGAAGAUUAUCUUCAUCAAACGAUGAUAAUGAUGAUGAGCAGUCUCAGUCUGUGGAAACCCAACUGUUCUUUGAUAUGGUGGUGAUGGCUUUGUACCCUGGGAAAGAGCGGACUGAGAAAGAAUGGGCAAAGCUCUUCUGCGAUGCUGGCUUUAGUGACUACAAGAUAACCCCCGUCUUGGGUUUAAGAUCUCUCAUUGAGGUUUAUCCCUAACUGGCAGCCACACCAAUCAGUUGUUUCCGUUGAUAUUGGAGAUCGGUGACCACCAACUCUUCACCAACUUCAACCCAUCAUUGUUGAUUAUAAUCUUCACUUAUCGCCAGAUGCUUUACUAUAAAUAAAUGUGUGUGUAUGUGUGUAAUGUAAUGUGUGGUAUAAAGAGACAUUCAUAAGUGAGAAGAAGUGUUUGUGUAUUUUGAAUUUCUCUGUAAUUUUUAAGAUUGAAAUCAAUUGAGUGUUUAUUAUGCAAA